AUGUCGCAGGCUUCGCUGCUCUGUGGCUUGCUUUUGAGCAGUGUCAGUGUGGUUAGGGCGGACAAUCCCAUUGUGCAGACGCUGUUCAGUGCUGACCCGGCGCCUGUUAUCGUCAACAACACUGUGUAUAUGUUCACUGGACAUGACGAAGAUGGGUCAAACACGUACAACAUGAAGGACUGGCGUCUAUACUCAACAACCGAUAUGGCCAACUGGCGCGACCACGGCUCUCCCAUGGGCUUGACAACAUUCAGCUGGGCCGGCGCCAACGCAUGGGCAGGCCAAGUCAUUGCCCGCAACAACAAAUUUUAUUACUACGUUCCAGUGACCCGCAGCGGAGGCAGCAUGUCCAUCGGUAUUGGCGUCGCCGACACCAUCGAAGGACCUUACAAAGACGCCCUGGGCAAACCACUUCUCGAAAACGGCCAAAUCGACCCCACAGUCUACAUCGACACUGACGGGCAAGCGUACCUCUACUGGGGCAACCCCGAUCUCUUCUACGUCAAGCUCAACGCCGAUAUGAUCUCGUACAGCGGAGGGAUCCAAAAAGUCGGCCUCUCAACCUCCAGCUUCGGACCCCGUCGCAGCGGCACAAACUCCCGCGCCACAGCCUACGAAGAAGGUCCCUGGCUCUACAAACGCAAUAACCUGUACUACAUGAUCUACGCCGCAAACUGCUGUUCAGAAGAUAUCCGCUACUCCACGGGCACCAGCGCCACGGGACCAUGGACAUACCGCGGCCUCGUCAUGGCGAGCGCAGGCGCAAGUUUCACCAACCACCCCGCGAUCAUCGACUACAAAGACAACUCGUACUUCUUCUACCACAACGGCGCGUUGCCCGGUGGAAGCGGGUACCAGCGCUCUGUAUCCGUCGAACGUUUCACGUACAACUCCGACGGCACAAUUCCAACCCUCACCAUGUCCACGGCCGGACCACCACAGCUCGGCACGCUGGAUCCCUACGUCCGCCAGGAAGCAGAAACAAUGGCCUUCUCGUCGGGUCUGAAGACGGAAGUUUGCAGCGAAGGCGGGAUCAACGUUGGCUACAUCAACAACAACGAUUACAUUAAGCUCAAGGGCGUUGCGUUUGGCUCCACGAGUCCCAAGACUUUCACAGCUCGUGUGUCUUCCGCUACGAAUGGCGGAAAGAUUGAGGUUAGGUUGGGUAGUCAGAGUGGGACUACGGUAGCGACUUGCACGGUUGCUGCGACGGGCGGGUGGCAGACCUGGACGACGGUUACUUGCCCCGUUAGUGGGGCUACGGGGACGCAGGAUGUAUUUUUCAAGUUCACGGGGAGUGGGUCGGAUAACUUGAUGAAUUUCAAUUGGUGGCAGUUUUCGGCUUAGAAGUGAGUAGUUGUUGUCUG